AGCUUUUGUUCCAACAUCUCUUCCCACGGCGCCAUGGCAUUCCGUUGGAGUCGAGUUGCUGCUGGGUCUGUCCGGCGACUGGCGGCUGGAGCGUGUGUCAGCGCGAGCCUGGCACAUGGUCUGCAGCUCUCGAGAGAGCUGCGCCUUGAAACUAGGCAAGACCUGGAGGAGCGUGUGAGAAUGUUGGAGACGAAAAUCAAGGCGAUGGAACUGAACGACCUCGAGGAAGUUCGGGCGAUUGCCAGCAUCAAAUUGGCUGCCAAGCAGCAUGGUCUUGACAUCGCUGGUGGUACCAUCCGCAGAACAUCUUCACGCUUUUGCUUGGGUGUCGAGCACGGUGACUACAAUGGCACAGAGCUCUUUGGUGUUGGCACGGACCGUUUCAUUUGGAUGGCCUACAAGCCGAACAAUUCUGGAAAGAUUCGAAUCUUCAGCCAGAAUUUUCCCGGGGAGGGUGUUGUGGAGUUUCAACCAGGGCAGGUGCCAGCUCCAAAGUCUUCAUCCAUCUCUGAGACCUGGGCACGCUUUCCCUACGGCGUGGACUUCGUUCUUCGGAAGAGUGGCUUUGACACCUCGCGUGGGUUCGAUGCUGUGUUAAUUGGCAACAUCCCUGGUGGAGGGAUGUCUCGAUCAGCUUCCUUGGUCCUGAACCUGAUGCUGACCAUGCUGGAAAUCAACAAAAAUACCUUGCCUGACGGUGAUUUCAGGGUUGUGAAAAUGGCGCAACAGGUUGAGAAUGACUGCAUUGGAACACCUUGUGGCAACCUUGAUCAAAUCAUGAUCUACUAUGCAAGACACGGAAUGGGAACUCGCUUUGAUCCCAAGACCAACAAGGUCAGCUAUGUUCCGCUUGGUAUGGAUACCAAUGAAUUUCGCAUUGCUGCCUUGGACACUGGCACUGUCCGCCAUGGCUUGGAGAAAACCACCUAUGCCGUGCGUGUCAAGGAAUGUAGGGAAUUGGUCGCUUUACUCCAGCAAAGUGGUUACAAGGUGCAAAGUUUGGGUGACAUCAAAGAGCGCAAGACUUACGAUGAAAUAUUGGCCAAGUUUGGCAAAAGUCAUCCCAAUCUCUGUGAGAGACUGGAGUACAUCUUCUUUGCACAGGAGCGCUUUGAGGGCAUGGUGAAAGCCUGGAGGGAAGGAAAGAUCGAGGAGGUAGGUGCCAUCUUCCGGCGUGAUGGAAUUGGUCUGCGUGAUGAAUAUCAAAUCUCAGGACCAGAACUAGAGACCAUGGUCAACAUCGCUCGAACUAUACCUGGUGUGAUUGGCGAGCGUAUGCUUGGCGGUGGUGACAAGGGUGCAUCUGGAGCUAUCUUGCGACCGGACGCUGAGCAAGCUCUCCGCAAUGCUGUGGACACUGGCUACAAGCGCUCGUACCCUGACCUGGCUGACUCGUGGCUCUGGUUUGUCUUCACAAAGGUGAUAUACUUUUAGUCACCGGUGGCAUUCUCUCUGUCAGAGGAUGGUUUCGAGAUGUGCCACCGGAGACUGUGAGAGAAUACUACACUGUGCGAUCGAUGAAUUGCUAGGAUGCUCUGUCAGAGUCGGACAGUGAACAGCUCAUUCCGUUUCCUCACCCUGCCCUUCUAGCCUUCGUAAGGACAAGUGCGCCGUUCAUGUCGUACGAGCUUGCAAGGGAGUAGAAGUGCUCGAGGGCUUACUUUGAAGUGGACAGCACAGCUGAAAUGGCUGAAGUGCCCGCGAUCGGCCACCUUUAGACCGAGUUCCGGUCGCCUGAUCGGCCGCCUAGAGAUGAUGUUCAAGCAGAGCCGGUCCGAUGCCCGUACUGAGUACUUCGCAAGGCUGGCUACUUGUACAGGUGAAGCAUUCAGUUUUUUUCUCCGCUAUUCGACGGAGCUUUCAGAGAUGUCCUUUGAAACACACCCCGCGCAGAAUGUGUACAAUUUGUGGCCUCCAGCCGAAUACAUUAAUCAAUAAAAGAGCUACCAAGGCUCCUAUACAUGCGAGAGACCGCCGUUGCACCCAAAAGAGGUUUUGCUGGGUUUGAGCUACUUCGAAGUACUUGUCUGAGAUUGCAAGAGGAUUACU